CAGCUGAUACUUGCGGCUCACGAUGAGCCCGCAGUUCAAGGUGUCAGCAGAUUUUCCGAUGAUGAGGUCAAAGCUCAGUUGAUCACGUGGCUCUUGGCUGGUUACCAGACCUCUAGUAACACGUUAGCCUUUACUGCAUAUCACCUUGCGAUGGACGCUGACGUGCAGGAAAGACUACGAUGCGAGGUUGAAAUUGGUGUCCAAACAUACCGCGACCUCGCUUUGUACGACCUGGUAAACGAAAUCGAGUAUCUUGAUUGUGUCAUAAACGAAUCUAUGCGGUUAUGUCCUCCCCUGCACAUUUUUGAUCGUAAAUGCGAAGAAACUUGCGAAAUUAGUGAAACGCUCACCAUACCCUCUGGUAUGGACGUUAUCGUACCUAUAUACGCGCUCCACCAUGAUCCGGAGGCUUGGCCAGACCCGGAGGUUUACGACCCCGAAAGAUUCCGGGGCCCCGCGAAAGAUACUCGACAUCCGUUUCAGUUUUUACCCUUUGGCGCUGGGCCCCGAAACUGUAUAGGAAUGAAGUAUGUAAUGAUGGAAAUGAAGGUUGCCUUGGUCAGGAUAUUGAGGAAGUUUAAGUUUGUUCGAUCACCGGAGACUCAGGUGCCCUUAGUUCUAAGUUCAGCCGUCACUCUAGCUGCAAGAGAUGGAAUUUAUUUGCGAGUUAAACGAGUAAAGAGUCUGGUGUAAGGACAGGUGUCUAGAGUAACCGUCUGGGAGAGGAGGGGCUUAGAGAGGCCUAAUGUCCGCCUCUCUAGUUUCGCUUUCUUGUCUUCUCAAGUUUUAAGCUUGCGUUGCAGGCAGCUGGCUACUAUGUUCAAGAUGACGCUAAUAAUAGUGUUCUCUUGCACGGUGACCACCCACCCACCCACUAAUGACUUCCCUCUUCUUAGGUCUGCCCAUCGCAGAGGUGUCCGCCACGGAUUUUUUAAAUUGUACUUUGAAAAUGCGCAACAAAAAUAGCUGGCAAGUUUUCUUUUAAAGGCCACUCUAAAGUGAGACUGUCCGAGCGGGACGGGGUCAUUAGAUUUAGAGAUCAGUCUUAUGUACCUAGCCUGGGAUUGUCUGGUACAAGAACAAAUAUGAGUGAAACGAAGAGUUUUCUCUAUAAGAGGAAUUGGCUCAAGAAAAUCUUAAUUGGAUUGGAAAGAUGCUUCUCAGUCAAUUAGUUCACUACCACCCGAAAAAAUUCUACCUCCCCCCCCCCUGAUAGCAGAGGGAUGUUUGUAUGCUCUUUACAUCAAAAGCGAAGCUUCUUAAUACCACUCUCAAUCGAUGUGCAUUAUAGACACGGGCGGAUCUAGGGGGAGGGUGCAGGGGGUGCGCCCCCCCUCCCGAGAUGACCUGCUGUUUUCUAAUACAACUGGUAUUCUGCCAAAAAAAAACUAUGUGGUUUAUUGGUGUUGAAGGAUAGCAAAGGGAAGGGGGCACCCCCUCCUGAAAAAAAUCCUGGAUCCGCCCCUGAUAGACCUUCACUGCCAAAAACAUUUAUUCAAGUACUGAUGACUAUUUAUACGUAAAGAAAAAUAUACUUAUGUAGUAAUA